AUGGAGCAGCCCGAGGACAUGGCGUCGCUGAGCGAGUUCGACUCCUUGGCGGGCAGCAUCCCGGCCACCAAGGUGGAGAUCACCGUGUCCUGCAGGAACCUUUUGGACAAAGACAUGUUCUCCAAGUCUGACCCAUUAUGCGUCAUGUAUACUCAAGGGAUGGAGAACAAGCAGUGGCGGGAGUUCGGACGCACUGAAGUCAUCGACAACACACUGAAUCCCGACUUUGUGCGCAAAUUCAUCGUGGAUUACUUCUUCGAGGAGAAGCAGAACCUCCGUUUUGACCUAUAUGAUGUUGACUCCAAGAGUCCUGAUUUAUCCAAACACGAUUUUCUGGGCCAGGCCUUCUGCACCCUUGGAGAGAUUGUGGGGUCCCCUGGGAGCCGCCUGGAGAAGUCCCUCACAAUAGGAGCAUUCAGCCUGAAUUCCAGGACAGGCAAACCCAUGCCAGCUGUAUCCAACGGAAGUGGUCUUUGGAUGGAAAGUUUGAGGACCACUGGUCUGGAAGCCUCCGGUGGUGUCCCAGGGAAGAAAUGUGGCACCAUCAUCCUGUCCGCUGAGGAGCUCAGCAACUGCAGGGAUGUCGCCACAAUGCAGUUCUGUGCCAACAAGCUGGACAAGAAGGAUUUCUUUGGGAAGUCUGACCCCUUCUUGGUGUUCUACAGAAGCAACGAGGAUGGAACGUUCACCAUCUGCCACAAGACUGAGGUCAUGAAGAACACCCUAAACCCAGUCUGGCAAACUUUCUCCAUUCCUGUGAGAGCCCUCUGCAACGGGGACUAUGAUCGGUGA